AGAGUCGCGCGCUAAAGUCGAAGCUGCAGUCGGCCAAGCCGGCCAAGCAGGCCAGCCCGAAGUCGAGCAGGAAGGAGCAGAGCAAAGCGCAGAGUAAGAUUGCGCGCACGAGCAAGGGUCUGCCGUCGGAGAAGCUGACGACGCCCUAUAACAAUUUGGUCCUGGAGCAGGAUGGCAGAACUGCCAGCAAAGCUGUCGGCAUCAAACUGCCGGGCGACAGAAAAACGCCGAAUCUUCAGGAGCUGGUGAAGCAGCCGACGGCGACGCAGCUUCCGAAGACGAACCCUUCCGUCCUCCCGCCGCCCAAGCAGAUCAGUAAUCAAGACACCAAGAACGCGGCCCUGAAGAAUGAGCUCUUGAAGUCGUCGCCCAGGCCGAAAAUGGAACUUCCGGGCAAGAUGCCGGAUUCGAAAAUUCAUCUGCAGAGCGUGAAGCCACCGCCGAAUGGGCUGAACAAGGAACUGAUGUUGCAGAAGGCUAUUCUGGCGAACACCAACGGCAUCAUUAAGCCGUCCGAGCCGGAGGAGACGCUCGCGCACGAAAACGACGCCUUCAAUCGCACACUGAGCAUGAAUCAGGCGAAUUUAUCGGACGGCAAGGAUCUGAUAUCGAGGCAGAGGGAGCCGGAAGUUCCGGUAGUCAAAGAACCGGGAGUGGAAAGCUGCGAUUCGCCAUCCAAGACGCAACAGUCGGACCAGCGCAGGGUCAUCUGCGAGGAGGAAGCGGACUCCGCUCGCGUUCUCGCGGGGAAACAGGAUGCUGUAGCCAAUCGCGUUGAUCUAGUGAUUGACGAGAAGUCGACGAAUGCCGAGGAGGGACUCGCGGGUUCGCCGGCGCAGAGUAAUCCGAAUUUCGGUUCCAAACCGCUUACCAACAGUCCGAAUUCGACCGGUUCCGGGCUCAGUCCGGGCUCCAGCAUCCCGAAGCCCACGGCACUGGUGAAGGGCACGUCGAAGCCGUCGAAGGAGGGCGGCGUGGCCAGCGGUAUGCCGAACCCGGCGAAGAUGAAGAGCGGCGACGCUCUUCAUCGGAAACUCGACCCCAACACGGUGGCGAUGGUGUCACCGAUGCCGAGUAUAUCGGACCUCAUGUCUGAAAGCUCGCACAGCAAUUCAAACAGCACCGGCCAGAGCAACUCCAGCGACAGCAGCGUGAUCUACAGGCCGAGCAGCGAGAGCGGCAGCGAGAUUAAAACGAUUCCCAAUCGGAAAAUCGAUACCACGUUCGAGCAGAUGGAGAAAGUGCUGUCAGAAGGUUCGACCUGCGGCGGUUCCCUGGCCGACGACGAGGCGGAGAUGACGGUGAAGCCGAUGCAACCCCUUCUACGCGGCUACACGCCCGGCGCUCGAGGUUUGCAGACACUGCCGAGCCGCACCACUGGCAGGCAAUACACAGUCUUGCACUCGUCGUCGCAUCAUCACGUCGGCGGUCACCACGACUACGCCGAUGUGGACAUCGCUUCCGGUUACCUGAGCGACGGCGAGGUGCUGCGGGGAGGCGGAAUGAGCGUCGGUAGUAGAACGCUGUCGGAUCUGUGCGACGGAUACAUGUCCGAGGGUGGCGCGUCUUUGUACGCUCGCAGACUCAAUCCUUCCUACGGCCACGAGCACGAAAGAUUCGUGGGCGGCUCGCGGCGAGAGCUGUCGGGGGUGAAGGAACUGGUGACCUCGAGGCGGGUGCAGAAGAGUCGGCCGUCGGGGGUCGCGAGAUCGGAUGGCGGCUGCAUCGGGGGCGUCAGUCCAGGAAGCGGCGGCGGCGUCAGCGGCGUCGUCGCCGGCGGUCUUCUAGGAGGCUGCAGCGGCGGGAACGACGCCUUGGCGGAGCUCACGAUUGAGGAGCUGGCCUCCAUUCCCGCCGGAAAUCACACCUCCGCCAAUCACACGGGACAUCCCUCUCAUCACAAGAGAGUGCCGGGCGGAGGGGGCGUGAUUGUGGGGGGUGGCGGAGGGUCGGCCACCCCCCAAGGGGCGCAGCAGGGCAACAAUCACAAUCUGGUGUACCGCGUGGUGGGCUCACGUGGACACGCCGGCCACCAUCCGCACGUGAAGAAGUCCGACAGCUCUCAGCAGACUGAGAGCUCGGCUUUCAAGCACCAGCAGCAGCACCAGCAGCAGCAACAGCAGCAGCAGCAGCAGCAGCAGCAGCAGCAGCAGCAAGGCACGAACGGUUCCGGCAGCAGCUCGAACAGCCAGCAAUGGAAGAAGUACAUCGAGGCGGGCGCCGCGAGGGAGAGAGACAAGGAGGGUGCGCCCCCGAGUCCUAGUCCCUCCAGAAGGUCGCAGGAUAAACAUCGGAAACAGGCCAUGGCCGAAUAUGCGAAUGGCGAGAAACCGCAGAAAGUUUCGUCGGGCACAUCGACCAGCAGCAGCAGUAAGGUUCGUGGGGUACCGCAGAGCUUCGGCUACGUUAAAAGGCACAGCGCAGGCACCACUCCGAGUCCCAAUGGUGUCCAGAAUGGCGGCAAGGACGCCAGCAGAACGGCCCAAGUUAGCGCCGUGCCGAGGACGAAGGUCAAAGUGUCCGGUGGCACGCAGACGUGCACCACGGAGCUGCAGGCGAACUCCUCGGGAUCCAGUCAGAGUCAUCACUACAAGAGCUACAGUCUUACGGGUCCCAGCGCCAGCCAGCUCUCGCAAUCGGUACGCGAUCGUCUCAUGCUGGGCUCCCAGAGCCUGCCGAAGCCCGGCAGUCCAGAAUUCACCGCUCUCUUCGCGUCCGCUCACCAUCGCGACAGAGGAACCGGCGUUGGGCCGGCGAGCGCGUCAUUCUCACCUCGGGUGCUGAAACCGUCUGACGGUAGUCUCAGUGAUACAUGCAGCAAUUACGCUGCACCUGAUCUGCAAGGUUAUUAUGGCACGCCCAACAGUCCCUACACCACCUCAUGGAUGAGACACAGCAACACCUACACGCCGAGCGGACGAUCUCAAGGCAUGGGCUUGUGCGAGGCGGACAGCGUCGAAUCUUUGGGCUCACAUCGCGCGAGUCUGACGCACGCUCGUCUUCUGAUGCACCAAAGGGACUCCACGGGAUCUCCGGCGCCGCCCAGGCUGAACAGAAGCAACUCCAUCAGAUCCACUAAGAGCGAGAAGAUGUACCCGUCGAUGCUGGCGCGCGGCAGCGGUGCUUCGUCGUCGGUGGGCGAGGAGGUUGGCAUCGGCAUGGGAGUCGGCGUCGAGCCGUAUUACAGCGUUCCCGUGGGAUCGGCGGGAUGCACCGGCCAGCAUUGGUCCCAGCCGACGUCUCCGACGCCGACGCAUACCUCGCGGCAACCGCCGAACUUGUAUCAACACGUGCACAAAGACGACGACAUUCACGGCUCUUCGGUAUCCCUGGUGUCGACUACGAGCAGCCUGUACAGCUCGGCGGAGGAAAAGCAAGCGCACGAACUGAGGAAACUACGUCGCGAGCUGCUGGACGCUCAGGAAAAAGUGCACUCGUUGACCAGUCAGCUUUCUACAAACGCACACGUGGUCUCAGCUUUCGAACAAUCAUUAUCCAACAUGACUCAGAGACUGCAACAACUCACAGCUACGGCUGAGAAGAAGGAUUCUGAGCUUCAAGAACUCCGGGAGACGAUCGAGAGGUUACGCAAGCAGAGCGCUGAAGCUGGAUUGAACAACGCGGCUGCGAGCAACGGCCGGCGUCACACUUUGGGCGACUCCGAAACCGGCACCACCGGCUGCACCGGCAGCAGCAGCGGCAGCAACCAUCAUCAGGGCGCGUCGAUGGCGAGGCAAUUGUCCGCGGACAGUGUGACGUCCUUGAACUCGCUGAGCAGCGCCUGCUCGGCCAGCAGCAGUCAUCACAAGAAGAAGGGCUGGCUGCGCAGCUCCUUCUCCAAAGCGUUCUCGAGGUCGCGCAAGAACCGGCACGGCUCGGUGUCCGACGCCGAGGACUGCAAGGAGAGUCCUGGCGGCGAUCUGAGCGCCCCCAACAGCCCGAGACUGCCGACCGCGUCCAAGCACGAGUCCUCGAGGGGACAAGCCGCGAGGAGCAACGGCCAGAAGUCUCCGGAUCACGAAAAUCCUCUAUCGGGAAGCAAGAGCAGCUCGGCGCUGUACAAGAAGGAAGACGAGGAUGUGGACGAGCUGAAGAAGCAGUUGAGGGAGAAGGAUCUCGUGCUGACGGAUAUCAGACUGGAAGCGCUGUCUUCCGCCCAUCAGCUGGAGUCUUUGAAGGACACGGUCAUAAAGAUGAGGUACGAAAUGCUAAACUUGAAGCAGAACAACGAGCGCCUGCAGCGACUGGUGACCUCGAAGUCGCUCACUUCCUCGCAGUCUUCUCUACCCAGCGACCCAGAUCGGCGCUUCAGCAUGACCGAGGUGGCGUCGAGCGUCGCGGCGCUGUCGAACGGCGACGCCAGUUCCACCGCCGACCAGCUGGAGGACCUCAGUGUCCCGGUCGAGCACGCCGUGCCGUCGAGCACGACCGCCUCGGAACCGGCCCUCGAGCAGGACACCGACGGCAAGAGGAUCAACGUGGCCGUCUACCUCGGCAGCGAGCGCAACUUCAACUGCAAUUUGGUCACCGGAAACUCCGUCGACGGCGGCAUGGGCGAGCCGCCUCACUGCGUGAUCGCCAGCGUGUGCAUCAGCAACAAGACGAGCUGGGACGCGUUGGAUUCCAUGGUGAGACGCUGCUUCAAAGAGUACGUCUCUCGCGUGGAUCCCGUGACGAAUCUCGGCCUCGGCGUCGAAUGCGUCGCCGCGUAUCACCUCGGCGAGGCCUCCAGAUGCACAUCCGACUCUCAGCAUCCCGAGCUGUUGCCUUGCGGCUACCUGAUCGGUCACGUGAAGACUAUUUACCUGGUGCUGUCAGGCUACUCCUGGCUGGCAGUGGACACGUUAAUACCUCGCUCCAUCGUUCAACGACUAAUCUCUCUUUUAACGGAGCACCGCAGAGUGAUUCUGUGCGGUCCGAGCGGCACCGGCAAGAGCUACCUGGCUGGCAAACUGGCGCACGCCUUGGUGGACACCGACAACGACACGAAGGACGCCGCCGCCGUCGCGACCUUCAACGUCGAUCACAAGUCUAGCAAAGAACUGCGCCAGUAUCUCGCGCAUAUCGCCGAGAGAUGCGACUCGAACGCCGCCGACGAACUGCCUAGAGUGAUCAUUUUAGAGAAUCUUCAGCACGCGGCGUCUCUGGGCGAGCUUUUCAGCGGACUCCUCGGAACCAGGCACUCAUCGUGUCCCGCUAUUAUUGGCACCAUGAGCCAGGCAACUUGCAGCACCACCAAUUUGCAGCUGCAUCAUAACUUCAGAUGGGUACUGUGCGCGAACCACAUGGAGCCAGUCAAGGGAUUCCUGGGACGUUACCUGAGAAGGAAAUUAUUGGAGCACGAACUGCGCGAGUGCGCCGGGACGAGAAACGCGGAAAUGGCAGCCGUGGUGGAGUGGCUGCCGCGUGUAUGGCUGCAUCUCAAUAAGUUCCUAGAAACUCACAGCAGCUCCGACGUCACUAUAGGACCGCGACUCUUCCUGUCGUGUCCGAUGGAAGUGGCCGGCUCUCAGGUAUGGUUCACCGAUCUCUGGAACUAUUCGGUGAUACCUUAUCUAGUGGAGGCGGUUAGGGAAGGAUUAACGCUGUACGGAAGACGCGUGAGCGGAAACGGAAACGGCGAGCCCACGUGGGAAGAUCCCGCGCAAUUUAUCACGUCUAGUUAUCCAUGGCUGUCGACGCAUGCCGUGCACGGCGGCAGCGACGCUCUCCUGCGCCUCAGACCCGAGGACGUGGGAUACGACGUCGUUUCCAGCGGACACACUUCCGGCGUGGGAGCCUCCAGCGUGAAGAGUCUCGGAAGUACCCACAGCGACACCGAGGGAGAUCCUCUGCUUAAUAUGCUGAUGAGACUGCAAGAAGCGGCCAAUUACUCGAGUCCGCACAGCAACGACAGCGACUCGGUGACGUCUCUCGACUCGUCGCACACUCGCCACUCGGAGGAUCUGAGCAGCUCAACGUCAUCGUCGAGAGGAGUGGAAUCAGCACUCUAAAUUAGCGAAAUAUCACGAAGGAACUCAUCGCCGAAUGGUCGAUGCGCGCGUUCAUCGACUGCUCAAUAAUUACAAAUACUACAAAAAGAAACCGAGGAUCGAUAAUUCAAUCACGAUUACGCAAUCAUUCCGAUAUAGCCGAAUCCAAGACAAUUAUAUAUAAAUAAAAAGGUAAAUGUAAGCGAAAUUAUUCUUACCGAGGGAAAUUAUUAGCGGAAUGUCUCUGAGAUUAAAAAUCGAGGAAGUUUGCGAAUUAUCGCUAAAUCGUAUAAUACUUCCAGGUCGAGGUAAGAGCUCAGCUAGCCAUUGGCGAUAAUCCUUAUCGCAAUAAACAUGAAACUACUGCAUGUUUAAGGCUUCUCCGAAACGCAAUAAAAAAAAAAGUCACGAACCGCCAGCUAUUUUAAGAUCACACGAUAUCAACAAGAGCUUCACAACACGACCUAAGGAUUUCAAAUGCCUACUAAAGCUGGCCUAUAUUUAUAUAUUUCUACGUGCGUCUAGCACCUAGAUGUGUGAUAUGUGAUAUUAAAUGAACGAAGAAACGGCGAUAACACACAAAUAAAUGGCGACUUCUCGAAAAAAUAGGUGAACCGAGAGAUGUUGAGCAGAAACUACCUUGAAUUUAAAUAUCUCACAUUCUUUCCAAAUUAAAAUUAAAUAGAAAUUAAUUUCACUCAAAAAAAUUUAAAAUUUGCUUCCAGCAAAUUCUUUCUAUCAAACGAGAAUUAAAUCUUGAUGCUAAGGAAAUGAAUUUUUUGGUGGAGGGAGUUAAAAUAAAUUCCAACCAAGUUUCUUCUCUUUUUCGUUUUUAUUGCAUCACUUCGAUUUAUUUAGUGGGCGUCUUAAAAAUAUUCCAAAUUCGACUUUGCAAUUUCUUUUGGUUCGGCUAAUUUUUCGCGGGGGACGUACAUGCGAACGUGAUGCAAUAAUCUCCACGCUGCCGUUUGCGAAAUUCUAUUUUGGUGGAACGCAUUUUGCAUUCACGGCGAGACGCGAGCGCAUAAUUAAAAAGAGAAACCGUCUCGCCGCUCUCGUCGUUCGGUGUAUACAGUAUUAAUGGCAGAGCGCAAAAAGAUAGCAGCUUCGAACCGAGGAAUCCUCAGAAAAUAGAGAUUUCUCUCUCGUCCGAUUAUUUUUCAGAUGAAAUUAUCUAAACGCAGACGGAUCGUAAAGACAAAUAAAGUAGACAACUUUCAUUCGUAUAAAUAGACAAAGAAGCGAGCGAGUUCGAAGUGAGCGAUCACGAUCUGUGCAAAGAUAGUUUAUUUAUACAUACUUUGCUACGAAAGCUCUAUUUAAUUAAAAAAAUGUUAAUAUAAUAUAUAUAAAUAGUAUAUAUAUAUAUAUAUACAUAUAUAUAUACGCUCAUACCUGAAUGACGACGGCGCUAAAUAUUAUAUAUAUAUAUUAUAAAAAUGGAAUUUCUAAUUAGUUUGUAAGGUACGUGAAUAAUUCUGGUCAUGUAACGUUGUAAAUACGAGAUACAAAGCGAGAUAAGCUAAGGUACGCGCGAAUUUGACUCGAAAACCCCCACAUAUGGGCCCCGAUAUCUCCCGCGACAAUUUUACCUUCCUUACAUUUUCUGCAUCUGUAAUCCUUUAUGUAUUUUUUUCAUAAAACUCCAGAUUUUUACACAAUAAUUAAAUUUAAGCACUCUCAUAACGCAAAAUUCUCAUCGUUUUACAGACUUCAUGACGUCGAUGGAAUUAUUAGCUUCAUCGCAAAAUAUGGUAAACAUUUAUCUUUCGUGAGAACAUGAUUAUAUGCGAACAAUUUCACCUUUCAUCUUUUGUGUAAUUUCACAAACUGCGAGCUUACUGCUCUAAACAUAAUCUAACUUCUAAAAAAUCAAACGAUUUACAUCUUUUCAAGAAAUGCGGAAAAUGGAAAAAAAACAUGUUUCAAAUACUGAUUACAAUCGCGGGAGAUAACGCGGGAUCCAGAAUAACCAAUGUACAUGUAUAUAACGUACAUAAAUCAGCGUACGAUGCUCCUCGGCUACGACAAGGGAGGAGUGGACGGGGAAAGGGGGUGCGUCAACGUAUAAUACAUACACGAUAAUACAGUCGCAUUUACAGGUUUUUUUACGUUUGUACCGUAUUUAUAUACACUGUACACGGCGCCGCACUCUGAGCUCUAUCCAAAUAACGAGAAUUAAUUGUGUCAUCAAAUAAAUCGCAUUCAAAUCUGUA